AUGUGUUCAGGUCUCCAAACAUUCUUGGGGUUCUCCGAGGAAACUAAAGGCUACGACGGCACUGGCAUCGUGUACUCGGACCUUGAUAGGCUCUGCGACGGGGUGAUGUCCUUUAUCCUCCAAUGUCUUAAAGGCAGUAAAACUCUUUUAGUGCACUAUUUUCCUAAGAUUGAUGACACUAUAAGAGAUUUAGAGAAUGCGAUAGGUAAGGGCUCUGGUGUUGUUGGAUUUCGCGAGGCCAUUGGGAUUGUGCAGGCGGGGCUGCGGGGGUAUGAGGGGGGGAUGGAGGGGAGGAUUGAAGAGUUCAAGAGUCCGAUAACAUACAUUAAAGAUGAUAUUCCCAAAGUGACAGAGUCAUUAAAUAACGUAGAGAACAAAAAACUUUCCACUCAAUUAGUUACCGUGCAACAGAAAUCGAAGACCUAUGAGAAGCGUGUCGAGCUGGCGAAAAAGGCCUACGAAAAUCUUGAUGACGGCUUAAAAGGUAAGCUGAAGCGUAAUAUGUCAUUGGUGUCUCAGGCGGUGAAAACGUUUAAAGACAUCGCAGAAGAUACGAAUGUUGUGACUCAGGCGAAGGAAGUGGACAAGGCGCUGAGGGAGAAGCGAGAUGCAAUUAAAAAAGAUAUCGUCGAUCAAUCGAGAAUAGUACAAGACACUUUGGAUAGUGGAUUUGGUGAAAUUCAGAAAGGGUUGAAUGGUUUUAAAACAAUGAAAUUAACUCAACAGAUUCAGUCUAUUAGGGAUGCCGUCAAUGAUGCUCUGCUGUUAUUCGAUUGGGAAGUGACCAAUUUCGAUACAAAUUAUACGGACAAAAUUCUCAAAGAAUUUGAAGGCUUAAAAAAGCACAUGACUGAAAUCACAAAAAACAAAGGCGUGCCGAAUACAUCUGAGCUCUACACAAAGAUUGACGGUAUCACAGGGAUGCUUAAUGAAAUGGAGCAAGAGAUUCAACGGGGUGCUGGCAAAAUUGGAGAGGCAAUUGAUAAUGCUGUGAUAGCCGUGAACAGUGCGCUUGGCCAGUUGGAUGAGAAAGUGAGAGAUGAUUUGAAUACGUUGAAGACUCAGAUGGAAGGGCAAAUCACAACGGUGAUCACUUUUUUGAAGUUGGGAAUACAGCAGGCUGGUGCCGUUGCUUCGAGUAGUAUUGAUGGUACAGAUGGCGCCCAGAGUAUUGUUAACGAGUUCAAAAAAAAUCUGCUCAAGGUUGCUCCAGCAUUGUAUAAAUGGGCUGAUAAUGCGCAAAGUAGUAAGCUUACGGCUGCCCUCGAUGGCCUAUCUGAUGACGCGCUUGGCGUUGCUGGGCCUGACCCAAAGACUUUUACUCAUCUCAGAGGCUUCCUAUCUAAGUUUGCCGAUAAUGAUCAGCUUAAAAUUGGUGAUCACACAUUCUUCGAAGCCCUCAUCGAAGACAUGAAAUUAAACAUUAAUAAUAAGAUCGAUGAGAUUAAAGAACAACUUGAGACCCAUAUGCCGCAAUAUACUGCGCAUACUAAACAAAAUGGGCGAGAAUCUCUAAAAUACAAAAUCGGCGACAUUAAAACAGGCCUGUUAAAGUUUUUCACAGGUCCAAUAAAUGGUGACGAUGAUCAAUUCGACAUCGAACACGCUGAGCACUUUAGCGUUUUUAAUGCAAAUAAAAAGCAAGCACUCGCCGCCAUAGAAAAUGCACUUCUGAAAAUCGGCGCCUUGGAAUAUCUCCCGGACGCUCUAGAUACAGCGCAGCAGGAAGCUGAAACAUUCAUGGCUCAGUUGAGAUCAAACAUAGUGAAUGUCAAGCAAAAAACAGAAAGCGUGCUAGCAGUCAUCGACGAAGCCGAAGAAACGCUGAAUCAAUCGAUUGACUCUAUCCAAUUAACGUUGACUAGCCGGCAAACAAAAUCUCAACAAGCCGUCUCAUCACUCCAAACUAAACUCCUAGCCGCCGUCUCUUCCGCCUUCUCCACCCUCACCCACCAAGUCCAAUCCCUCUUCGCGCGCCAGAAGCAGGCCGAACUCACGCAGCUGCAGGGCGUCGUCGAGACGCAGUUGGAGGCGAUUAAGAAAAUAAUUCACGAUGAUUCCAUAAAUGGCGUCAAAGGGUUUUUAGCACGAUUAAAUGGAGGAUUUGAUGAGACAUUACAGAUUACAACGCUUAACAGUAACACCAAAUUAGACGGAUUGGCGAGCAAUGUCAGAUUAUUCCUCUAUCCGUUGUUGCAAUACGUCAUUGCGCAAAUUACUCCUAACGUGCGGCCUCAACCUCCAACUGCAGAUCCUCAUGCCACCAAGGUGACGGACAUUCAGACCAAGCUUAAUACCUUGCUCAGUAAUCUUAGCAGUGAACAGUCAACUAAAAAAUAUCGUUUCGACGACCAAUUUAGUAGAGACUUAGAUGCGCUGAAAGCCUCUGUAGGCGCCUUAAACGCGGAUAAAUUCGGCGAUGGUAAGCAUCCCGAGUUGCUUAACAUAGUCAAGGAGGGAGUGACAUCCUUUGACACCCAAUUGGAGUACGGCUACGUUAACAAAUACUCUGGUCUAUCAUUCAGCGGCGAUAUGCUUAUUGAUAUUAUCACGUCUGAGGCAAAAACAACGGAGUUAACAGAUGAAGGUAGAAACGCCGCUAAGGCCUUUUUCACCCUCCUAAACGUCCUCUACGAAGACAUGGCCACGCUGAAGGAGAGGUGCGAGGACGCGACGAAAUACGGCUGGAAGGACAAGAAAAUAUGCAAGACGCAGAAUCGCACAGGAAAUUCACUCGGCGCUUUCUUCGAGAGGUGCGGCUACAGGAUCCCUACUGACGACCAAGGCAAGCAGGACGCCGAGCUGCAGUGCAAGGAGGAGUGGAGUGGUGGGAAAAUAUAUGAGCAUCUGCGCAAGUCAUUACAGGACACGUAUAAUAAUGCGCAUCUUAAUACGUGCGUAAACGAAAAGCACUAUGAAGGUCAGAAAGCAAAAACACUAUACGAUCUCUUCGACCUUCUCGAUUGCCUGCUCAGCCACUUCAACGAGUACAAUGAAGUCUGCCACUACUCCACUUUAUCCGCGACUAAAUCACCGUGUAGCAUAUUCGAAAUUCUAGUUUGGAUGUCAGGGCUCCCGCAUCAUCCCGUAUUUACAGAUAUGCGUGACGUGGCCGUGACAGACUUAUUCGAGGACCCAAAGAAGAAGACGAAAGAAGUAAUUGACGGUGUUGAAAUGGAAGUAACAGACAUGAGCACCGUGGCCAUAAGGGCCCUCCCACAUGACAUAACAUAUAAUCAUACGCAAGCAGCAGUGACGCAUAUGUGCUCACAGGCGUACGAUCUUCUCGUUUGCAUCCUCGGCACCGGGGACGCCGAGACCAUUUACGGUGUUGACUUCUGGACCAACUCACUUAAGUUGAAAUACCCUAAUAGAGGCGCCGAUUGCCUUCAGAUGUUCCUUGAAAUUCUCCGUAGACUGUUGCCAACGCUGAGAUAUCUGGAACACAUGUGCAGCUAUCCCGCUAGCAUUGGCGGUUGGUCACAGUGCCGUUACGGCAAAGAUGUGAAGCCAGCCAAGUGGCCGUGUGACAAGCAUCCUAAGCCCGAACCAAGAGGCCAACCAAAGGGCCAGGCAACUGACCAACCAAAUAGUGAACCAAUGUGCCAACCAAAAUCCCCUCUACAAAGCUACUUAAACGAUUGCCUACCCGGCCAUUUGCCUCACCGACUGGAGUCAGUCGGCUGUAAAGCCGAAUGCAAAACGUGUCCCACAUCUCAACGUGGUUCACCUUGUGUAACACCUCUCGGAUUUAAGACUUUCUCUGGCAGCAUGAGAAGAGGUAGGGACAUAUGUGACGUCCUUGCCAAAUUGCUUGAUGAUGUUCAUCUUAGAUCUCUCCUCUGCCUUGUCACCAAGCCGCCAGCCUCCUUGCCUGAACACUUCCAGUUCACAUUGGCGCUUGUUAAUGGAUGGCAUAAUGACUCAAAAUAUGUUAAGGAUGUUAUACAAACAAAUAUCGAAAACUCCGCCAAGGAGGUAUCUAUCCAUCUAUAUAACGAACCAUCCAAACUGACCAUCGCUCUUAGUGAAGCGUAUGGCAGCAGCCAGAGUAGGCAUGAUAAAAGUAAACACAAAACAAUACCAGUUAAAGGCGCAGAGGAUGAACCUUCAAAGGCCGACGUGUCCAGUCUAUGUAUGACUAUUACAUGUCCUGGUGAAAACCACUGCGCUCCGUAUCUGUCAUCGCUCUAUAGGGACUACUACAUCUGUCUGCCAUUUAAGAAUUCGAGGACAUACCUCUCAUGGGCCAUUUACCUCCCAUGGACAUUCUGGGAUCUACUCAACAAUCUCUACAAUACCUUUUGCCAAAUCAACUGCCAAGAUUGGGGAUGCAGAGGAUGUCUCAGAGGGGACAAGUGCAGGAGUGGCAAGCAUGGCGUCGUUGAGGAUGAGAAGAAACAAGAUGACGUUUGCCAGUGUGAUUCCAUAGUCCAGUGUAAAGGAGUAUCAUCCACAUUCUACCAGUAUGGAUUCAGCUUCGGCGAGGCGUCGACGUUGAAUAGUGGUAGCACAGCGAAGAAGUGUAAGGAUUUCUGUAGUCAGCUGAAGAAAGUUCUUGCUUCAGAGUAUUUCAAAGAACUAUUCAAGGAGUGUGACAAUUUCCUAAAGGAAAUCAGAUGGCCAUUUAUGUGCACAUUGCUAGCCCUCUGGUCGCUGUCGCUCCUGUACCUGCUGCACAUCGCCGUCGUCCGCCUCGACGUCCUCAGGAUACGCUCACACCUGAGAUCACCCUCAAGCCACCGCAUCGCCGCACAGUCCCUCCUCGCCGCCGCACGCGUCAGGGCACUCGCCAACGUCAAGUACUUCUCACCAUAA